CAUCAUCUGCUAAGGACACAGUAGCCCGUGCAAGAGCAGUAUAACAGUGACAUAAAUUACCACCCUUGGUUAUUUAAUUUCCCUUACAAACCAUAGGGAAAAACAACAACUUCAUUUAUAUAUGCCUUAGGGUGGACAAUCUAGCUAGCAUGUUAUUAACUUUUACUUUUAUUAUUUUUCUGUCUUCAUGACACCAAAUGAUUGAGAAAUAACAAGAGGGACUAGAAGUAGCUCAAUUUUAUGCAUAAGAAAACAAUAGCCAGAAGAUUGAAUUGUUUUCUUCUCUUCGUCUCCUGAUUGCUUCUGUCUCCUUAGAUACUUUCCUCUUUGUAUCUUUUGUGUUUUAAUCUCUGAGGUUUUUUUUUUCUGACCGACAAGAAAGCAGGGAAAAAUUCAAACAUACUUCAGCAGAAGGAUAUAUUCGAACAUGUAAUAGGUUUCACUUUUGGUUCAGCAAUUAGUUCCAGAUUUGCACAACAAUUAUGGCGGAAGCUUCCUCAUCCACUCCAUUCUUUGGAAUCAGAGAAGAAAGCUUAAGUCAGACAAGUUCACACCAUCAACUCUCCACUGUUGCUCCAAACUCAGUGCCUCAAAAGAAACGAAGGAAUCAACCUGGAACACCAAAUCCAGAUGCGGAGGUGAUAGAGCUAUCUCCCAAGACCCUAAUGGCAACAAACAGGUUUAUAUGUGAGGUGUGCAAUAAAGGGUUCCAAAGAGAGCAAAACCUACAGCUUCACAGAAGAGGACACAACCUGCCUUGGAAGCUGAAGCAGAAGAGUACAAAAGAGCCAAAAAGAAAGGUUUAUCUUUGUCCCGAGCCCACCUGCGUCCAUCAUGAUCCUUCAAGGGCUUUGGGAGACCUCACUGGGAUCAAGAAGCACUACUCUCGCAAGCACGGUGAGAAGAAGUGGAAGUGUGAAAAGUGCUCAAAGAAAUACGCUGUUCAAUCUGAUUGGAAGGCACAUUCUAAGACUUGUGGCACUAGAGAAUACAGAUGUGACUGUGGCACUCUCUUCUCUAGGCGUGACAGUUUCAUCACUCAUAGGGCCUUUUGUGAUGCUCUAGCACAAGAGAGUGCAAGAUACCCCAGUGGCUUAAACCCUUUGGGGACUCAUUUGUUUUCCACAAACCACACUAGUUUAAGCCUAUCCCAAGUGGGUUCCCAACUUUCCCAAGGUCAAAACCAGAACCAAACAGCCACGAACAGCAUUUUGCGCCUUGGUGCAGCAACAAAGUUUGAGCACUUUAUCCCUUCUCUAAACCACUCUUCAUUUGGACACUCGCCACAAUCAAUGCCUACUUCCUCACCUUUCUUCAUGAAUGACAACACAAAUCAUGCAUUUGAAGAACACCAACCACAUCAUAAUGAACCAUUCUCAAGCAAGCAACUACAUGGCCUAAUGCAAUUCCCUGAUCUUCAAGGCAACAACAACAACAACAACUCCGAUUCUUCAUCAGUAGCUGCUCCUUCCAAUCUUUUCAACCUCAGUUUCUUCCCAAGUAGCAAUAGCACCACCAUAAUCCCUGAUCAAUUCAACAACAUAAGUGGAAGUGACCAAGGAACAACAACAACAACACCACUCUAUGUUAAUAACAACCAAGCAGUAAGUGAUCAUGUUGGUUCGAGUUUUUCUUCACUCUUUGACAAUUCAAUAGAAAACGUGUCAUCGCCUCUUAUGUCUGCCACUGCGAUGCUUCAAAAAGCUGCUCAAAUGGGUUCAACCACAACCACCAACAAUGGUUCUUCUUUACUUAGGGGAAUUUGUAGCUCCUCAAAUAGCAAUGGUUCCAAAGCUGAAAAUGAACACCACCACAAUCUUCAUGGGUUGAUGAACUCUAAUAUUUCCAACGGACACACGUCCUUGUUUGGGAACAUGCAAGGGAACGAAAGCAACCUUUAUGGUUUUCACAAUGUGGAUGAGUCCAAUAAUAAGUUGCACCAUAGUCUCAAUGUAAACUUUGGAGAUUCUGAUAAGUUGACCUUAGACUUUUUGGGCGUAGGAGGAAUGGUGAGAAACAUGAGUGGUGGAUUUUCACAAAGAGAACAGCAACAACAGCAACAGCGUGUCAUGAGUUAUUUGGACCCUGACCUAAAGUCACCGCAGUCAAAUCUUCAUUUUGGAAAGUCAACGCUGCUAUAAGAUUAGGGAGAAUGAAAGAAAAUGCCUGUUACGUGUGUAUGAACUUGCUUAUAACUGUUCUUCCCUUUAUUUUAUUAUCUUUUCCUCAAAAGAAGCCUAAUUGGUAUAUUAAUUAUGGUUUCAGUUCUAAAAAUUGCAAUCCUUGUGUUUUUCUUGAACAUCCCCCCUCCUUUUUCUACUUCACUCUCACUUUGACAGUGAUAGACAUCUAAUAAGUUUACUGUUUCAUUGAAUUUCAUGAGAUAUAAA